AUGUCGAGCCUGUCGUCGUCGCACGCGCCCGAGGCACCACACCGCCUAGCGGGCGGGGGCGGCGGCGUGCCGCUCGGCUCGACGCCGCCGUCCGGCAUCCCAGUCCUCAAGUCGCGCACGCGCAGCAACCCGCGCCCGCCAUCGCCCGACUUUCCCGCCGGAGAGGAGAGUUUGCGGGACGCCGCGCCGCCAUUUCGCGUCGACCUCGACGCUACGCUCGCCGAGAUUGAGGACGAGCUCGAGGCGCGCGCCGCAGAACGGUACAUGCUCGCCAAGCCCAGCCCGGCGGCCACAGCCCCAAGAACACCGUCCGCACCCACAACUCCCAUCACACCACACUCUCGUUCGAGCCGGAACGGCGGCGGCGGCGCGAACGGCACAACAGGGUCCGUCAGUAACCGGCCCAAGCGGCGGAUAUCGCAGCAGCACCAGUCGCCCAAGGCGAGCGUGACGACACCGCUUGGCCGCUCGGCGACGCUAAAUGGCCACUCGCCGGCCGGGAGCGUGGGUAGAUCGACACUUAAUUCGAGAAAGAGACACGGGUCGGACUCUGCAGGCGUCGCGUUGGGCACUCCCAAGACGCCGCGCACGCCAAGAGCAACAGUGUCAACGCCAAAGGUGCGCGCGUCAGUCGACACGCCGCGGUCUAAUCUCGGCACGACGCCACCGGCACAGAAACACAUUGGCAUCGCGGCCCACUUCAUCCCCCCAGAGAACAACUACACGCCGCCCAAAGGCGCCGACUGGGACGACGUCGUGCUGCCUACCGUCGCGCGCAAGACGGGCAUCAGCGUCGCGAGACAGGGCGACGACGACGGCCCGAGCGGCGACGACGACCUCGCCGUCGAGUGGGACAAGGACGGCAACCCCGUCCGGUGGGAGUCGCAGGUGCGCGAGCGGCGCGAGCGCGACCCCUCCGAGCGCGGGCCAGUGUCGUACUCGUCCGACUUUGGGCCGUCGUUUGCCCGUCCCGGGCGGCGCGAGCCCGAGUCCAUCGAGCUCACGCCCAUCCGCGCGCCGGCGGGGCAGGCGACCGCGCUCGAGCCGUCCUCGCCCGCCCCAAAUUCCCGGAGACAGAGCCGCGUGCCGUCGGCCGCCGUGUCCGCUUCCGACCAGCGCCAGCCUUCGUCGUCCCAGCAGCAGCAGCAGCAGCACCCACACCAGGCCCAGGCCGACUCGUUUGCGCCCGCCCCGUUCUCCCCGCCGCACAAGGCCAAGAUGCGCCGCGACCACAGCGACGAGGUCAAGGCCGGCUGCGGCUGUGUCAUCAUGUAG